CUUCCGUCACACCUUUUGUGAAUUAACUGCCUAGGAUUUCACUUCUCCGAGGAGUCGACAGCGAUUUGCUUAUGCUACAGGGUCUUUGAAGUUCAACCUGGGUCGCCUCUUCAGUCACCACUGAAAAAUGAAGAUCUGUGUUGCACUGUGUGUUGUAACCACCAUUCUUCCCAUUAUUCAAGCUGUUUGUCCAGAUAAAGAGCCUGGUCUCCAGCCCUGGACUCCUGGUCAUAGCGAGGCUCACCGUGUCACCAUUGGUUAUGGUCGUAAAGUCAUCCUCACCUCCUCUGCAACUGUUCACUCCAUUGAAAUCCUUAAUGGAGGAAAACUUGUGAUUGCUGACACGAAUCGACCAAUCUUACUGCGGACCAAGCACAUCCUCAUUGGUCACAAAGGGGAGCUCCACAUCGGCAGUCCAGAAUGCCCUUAUAAAGGCAAUCUCACCAUAUCCCUCUAUGGCAGGUCUGACGACAGUGACGUUGAGCACAGCUAUUUUGGGCGCAAGUAUAUUGGCGUUGGCACGGGUGGCACCCUAGAGAUCCAUGGAGACAAGAAGCUGUCAUGGACAUUCUUGAAUAAAACGCUUCAUCCAGGAGAAGGCUACGAGAACAGCUACCAUUUUGAGAGAAGCUGGGGCAACAGAGGCAUCAUCAUCCACGUCAUUGAUCCUAAGUUAGGAGAAGUGCUCCAUUCUGAUAGGUUUGACACGUAUAAGAGUAAGGAUGAGAGCCGGCGGCUUGCGCAGUAUGUGGAGGGGGUGGAGGAUGGGCUUAUCUUGGCCAUGGUGGUGAAUGAUGAGGGAUCCAACAACCUGGAGGACACAGCCAAGAAAGCUCUAACCAAACUCGGCAGCCGCCAUUUCCACCGACUGGGAUUCCGACACCCCUGGAGCUUUAUCACAGUGAAAGGCGACACGUCCUCUGUGGUCGAGGAUCAUGCCAUCUAUCAAGGAACCAAGGCCUCUUCUGAGGCAAAGAGCUCCCGCAUCUUCCAGUCAGGAUACGGGGAGUAUUUUACCAUCACUACCACCAGUCAAUGGGUACAAGAGGCUGAAUGGACUGAAUGGUUUGAUCGAGAUGAUGAGAGAGGUUCAGGUGACUGGGAGAAACUUUCUGAUCUACACAAGGCUUUCCCAGAACGUCUGUGCAGCAAUCCACUGGAUAUCCAGGCUGAGACUAUCGACGGCAUUCCUGCCAACGCGACGGGUGAAAUUUUCUCUAAGAACGACAAAAACUAUGGCUUUGUGUGUCUAAAUAAAGACCAGCCAGAUGGGAUCUGCCAAAAUUAUCGUGUGCGCUUUCUCUGCCCGAAACUAGUGCGUCCACAGGCCUCCAUCUCCAUAGACACGUUGUCAAACUGCAGUAUUCUGGAGUUGGCCGAUGAGACUGUGGGCUGGAAGCCUGGCGAUAGGCUGGUGGUGGCCAGCACUGAUUACUCCAUGCAUCAGGCGGAAGAGUUCAACGUCCUGCCCUGUCCUGCAUGCUCCCGAAACCAAGUCAAAGUUGAAGGGAAGCCAGCUUUCCUGCACAUGGGGGAAGAAGUGGAUGGUGUGGAUAUGAGAGCAGAGGUGGGACUCUUGAGCAGAAACAUUCUCAUAAGAGGAGAGAUGGAGCCUGGCUGCUAUGGAAACGAGGCCUGCAAGUUCUUCUCGUUUGACACCUUCGGUGGGCACGUCAAGGUGGAGCGCGGCUUUAGAGCGGUGCAUAUUGAGGGUGUGGAGCUAAAGCACAUGGGCCAGCAGUCGAUGGGUCACUACCCCAUUCACUUUCACAUGAACGGGGACGUGGACGAAAAAGGAGGAUACGACCCACCCUCCUACGUGAAAGAUCUGUCCAUCCACCACACUUUCUCUCGCUGCGUCACUGUCCACGGCUCCAACGGCCUUCUGGUGAAAGAUGUUGUCGGCUACGAUGCGCUGGGUCACUGUUUCUUCACGGAAGAUGGGCCUGAGGAGAGGAACACAUUUGAGCACUGCCUGGGGCUACUGGUGAAAGCUGGCACGCUGCUCCCCUCCGACAGAGACAGCAAGAUGUGCCGUUACAUUACCAAUGGUGCUUAUCCCGGAUAUGUAGCCAAACCACGUCAGGACUGCAGUGCCACAUCCACCUUCUGGAUUGCCAACCCCAAUAACAACCUCAUCAACUGUGCUGCUGCCGGCUCUGAGGAGACAGGCUUCUGGUUUAUUUUCCACCACAUCCCCACGGGUCCAUCGGAAGGCAUGUACUCACCUGGCAAGACAGAACACACGCCCAUGGGUCGCUUCAUCAACAACCGAGCGCACUCCAACUAUAGGGCUGGGAUGAUUCUUGACAAUGGUGUGAAGACCACAGAGGCCAAUGCCAAAGACAAGAGGCCCUUCCUGUCACUUAUAGGAGCCAGGUACGGACCACACCAGGACUCGGACCCGUUCAAACCCAGGGUCCCAGCUAUCAUCCGGCACUUUGUAGCCUAUAAGAACCAGGACCAUGGAGCUUGGCUGAGGGGAGGGGAUGUGUGGCUGGAUGAAUGCCAGUUUGCUGAUAAUGGAAUUGGCCUGACGCUCGCCAGCGGUGGUACGUUCCCUGAUGAUGAUGGCUCUCGUCAGGAAGUGAAGAACUCUCUGUUUGUGGGGGAGAGCGAGAACAGAGGCAUGCCCCUCCCCGAUAAUCGUAUCUGGGGUCCGGGGGGACUGGACUUGAGUGACAGGACCCUCCCCAGAGGAAUAGAUUUUCCCAUCCGUGGAAUGCAGAUUUACGAUGGGCCAAUCAACGUCCAGAACUGCACUUUCCGCAAGUAUGUGGCCCUGGACGGACGACACACCAGUGCUUUUGGGUUCCGACUUAACAACUCGUGGCAGAGCUGCCCCAACAACAAUGUCACUGACAUCAAAUUUGAAGAUGUUCCAAUUACGUCCCGUGUGUUCUUUGGAGAGCCAGGACCAUGGUUCAAUAAGAUGCAGAUGGAUGGUGACAAAACCACUAUUUUCCAUGACAUUGAUGGAUCGGUGAGUGAAUACCCAGGAGCCUACCUGGUCAAAGAGGACAACUGGCUACUUCGCCACCCAGACUGCAUUGAUGUGCCUGACUGGAGAGCCGCCAUCUGCAGUGGGCGCUAUGCCCAGGUUUACAUUCAGACACGCAACCCAGCCAACCUAAACAUGAAGAUGGUGAAGGACGAGUAUCCGGACCGGCCGCUGGAGCUGGUUGGAGCCCUAGGGAAGAAGAACCACUACCAGCAGUUCCAGCCCGUCAUCAGUCUAGCUAAAAGCUACACUAUCCACUGGGACCAAGCUGCUCCUGCUGAGGUCACAAUCUGGCUCAUCAAUUUCAACAGGAACGAUUGGAUAAAUGUUGGUAUCUGCUACCCGAAGGGAACCACUUUCACGAUCAUCUCAGACAUUCAUAACCGUCUCACCAAAGAGACACGCAAGACUGGUAUGUUCAUGCGGACGUCCCAGAGGGAGAAGAUGGGGCACACUAUACAGCCACGAGGCUACUACUUCUGGGAUGAAGACACAGGGCUGCUCUUCCUCAAAGUCAAGGCCCACAAUGAGAAGGAGGACUUUGCCUUUUGCUCUGUGAAGGGUUGUGAGAGAGUGAAGAUCAAAGCGGUGAUUCCAGAAGGCAGCGGCCCCAGUAACUGCAUGGCUGAGGCUUACCCCAAAUAUGCUGAGAUGCCCAUUGUGGAUGUGCCCAUGCCCAAAAAACUGCCUCAGUCCAGACUGCCCAAUUCACCUGAACAUUUCUUGGAAGUCAUACUUGAGUCCUACAAUACACGCUUCUUCCACAUCAAAGAGGACUUUGCCUACAUUGAGGUCAAUGGAAAGAAGAUCUACCAGUCAGACGACGGUGUCCAGCUGACUGUCAUAGAUGGCCACAGUGGUAAAGUGUUGGAAACUAAAGGCUUCAGAAAUGCUGUACUCAUGGGCAUCCCAGCACAGAUAGACAAGUACAUCAUGGGCCUCAAAGACAAGUCAAUUGUGUUGGUAACAUCUAAAGGAAAACUUGUCACAAGGGGGCCCUGGACAAAAGUGCUGGAGAGUCUUGGAGCAGACAAGAAUGUUAAGUUGAAAGAUAAAGUGGCCUUCGUCGGCUUCAAGGGAGAUUUCCGGCCGGACUGGGUACGGAUGGUUUUGGAUGAAGAGAGAGCAAAAAUUCACCAAGUUCUACCCAUCCCAGUGGUGAGAAAGAUGAAAUUAUGA